CAUACGUCGAGUUUUUUCACUAUGUUUUUUCAGUAUGUUUUUUUGUUUUUUUUCACUUCACCAUUCUCAUUCUUUGUGUUUUUACUCCAUCUUCUACUGUUGCUGUUAAUUUGUGAAAGAGUCUUAUACUAUUGGAUAAUCUUCGAUUACCUGAAUCGAUUUCUUUCUUACUAAAACGUUUUUACUCCAUUCUUUGCAUUUACAGGUUCUGUAUCUUUAUAUAUUCUGGAGUAAUUAACAAAUUUGAGUCUUAUUAUCAGAAUUAUAAUAUUAGCUUUUAUUACUUGACAUAUUUAUUUUAUAAUACCGAGGAAUAUACUGAUAUACAUUCCAAAGAUAACAACACACUAGCCUAAACAUAGGAGAUUAAAUAGAGAUAAACGUAAUCAACUUGUCUUUUGUAAAAUCAAAAUAUAUUAUGGUUGUAUGUAUAUGAAUAUAAUUUCAUUAGAAAAUGGGAAAGCUCGUAAGAACUUCUACACCCCUUCUCUUCCAAUCAAAACUCCUCUGUUCUUCUCUUUCUUACCUCUUCCUUUCUCUCUUCUUCGCUUUCUACACUUCUCUUUCUCCCACCACCAAAUGCCAUUUCCGAUCAUCCCCCUUCGAUCCCAUCCAAUCACCUCUCUUCAUUUACCCUCAAUCUUAUGGCCAACAUAAACACCCAAUUCCCACCAUCAAAUCCUCCUGCAAUUCCCCUGUUUUUUUCUCAGAUUAUUCAUUUGUAUUGGAUGAAAUCCGACGAGUUAUUGAGAAUUCUUCCUCAGAUUCCAAUGGAUUGAGGUAUGUACAAGGGAAUGAAAAUGGUGAAAAGUUUGGGAUGAAUUACACUACUCAAACACGACUAUCGUAUUAUGAUUAUCAUGACGAUGGAAUCGAAAUCCCUUGUGGGUUUCUUAAGAAAUUUCCGAUCAGUGAUUACGAUAGAAUCGCAAUGGAAAGUUGCAACGGAGUGGUGGUGGUUUCCGCCAUUUUUGGAAACCACGACAAAAUCCGUCAACCUCAAGGCCUCGGAUUUAACACCCUGGAUCACGUUUGUUUCUACAUGUUUGUCGACAAUGUCACAAUCAAACAACUCUACUUUCACAACUUACUCUCGAGAAAAACAAAGGAAAACAGGAUCGGAGUAUGGAGAAUUGUAGAAGUUUCAAGUGAAGAACUUUACGAAAAUCCAGCCAUGAAUGGUGUAAUCCCGAAAUACUUGGUUCAUAGACUUUUUCCAAAUUCCAAAUAUAGCAUCUGGGUUGAUGCGAAAAUGCAAUUGGUGGUUGAUCCGUUAUUAUUGCUUCAUUCACUUGUAAUCAUGGAAGAUGUAGAUAUGGCGAUUUCAAAACAUCCUUUAUAUGUUCAUACGAUGGAAGAAGCCAUGGCGACUGCAAGGUGGAAAAAAUGGUGGGAUGUUGAUUCUUUGAAGAUUCAAAUUGAAACGUAUUGUGAAAACGGCUUGCAACCAUGGUCAUCUAAAAAACAUCCAUACACUUCAGAUGUUCCAGAUAGUGCAAUUAUCUUAAGGAAGCAUGGUGUGAGAAACAAUUUAUUUUCAUGUCUAUUAUUUAAUGAGUUAGAAGCAUUUAACCCAAGGGAUCAACUAGCUUUUGCAUUUGUGAGAGACCAAAUGAACCCAAAGAUGAAGAUCAACAUGUUCGACGUGGAAGUAUUUGAACAUAUGGCAUCCGAGUAUAGGCACAGUAUUAAACGUGGGCCCGAUGUGAUCCAAUCGAUUAGAACCAAGAGGGCUAACCCUGGUUUGCCUGCUAAUGGUGGUAUUCGAACCAAAUGUGAUAAGUACUUAGAAAAAAUGUGGGAUGAAUGAUUUCAAGUCGGCUAAUGUCAUGAUUUGUGAUUUAUGAUCGAUUUGUUCAUGAAA